GAAAAGUGAUACUUGAGAACACAAGGAGGAGUAGGCUAGCUAGUUCGUUUGCCAAAAACAGAUUUCCCGUACAGUCGUAAGUAAGUGGAGAAACUGUCUGUAAAUAUAAAACUAUGGAUUUAACGAAUUUACACGUUUUUGACAGCAUAACAUGUUUUCUGUCUCUCUGACAGUUCCAGUAUAGUUCUCAUUUUCUUCACUAAAACUGGCCAUUUACACUUGGCGGAGGUUCAGUCUGAGUUACAGGCGCCGCAUAAACAAGUUAACACUCGCUUAGUUUGGUUAAAUAUACUAGAUGGAAUCGGAACCACUGCUGACUGGAAGCAUUAACUACGGCUCCCACCCUGACAACAAUGAUCACCUUGAAAAGGGAUCCCCAAAGACAAGACGUCUGUCCUACUCGGUUGCUGCAGAGUAUUGCUGUGUCGAAGGGGCUGAUGAGGAUCUCUACCUCCAGCAAGCUGUUGUGUUUAUUGAGGACGCCAUACAGUACCGAUCCAUCAAUCAUAGAGUGGAUGCAAACUCAUUACGUCUGUACAGGUGGUACUACUCCAGGUUAUGGCAAUGGGGGCUGGGCCUGACUAUUGCGGUCGUCUUGAUGCUGGCUUUCAUCGAGAGGCCCUCGUCCUUCUCCUACACAUCAGACCCUCGCUUCAGACCUCCCCCCUGGGAGCCCCCCUGUGGCCUGACAGAGGGCAUAGAGAUUGUCUGCCUCAUCAUCUUUGCCAUUGACCUCACUACCAAGAGCUAUUUGAUUGGCUGGGACGAGUUUCGGAAAUGCAAGUGGUUGAUUGUCUACAUCUUGGCCGUCUCAGCAUCUGUAAUUGAUUGGACAUUGACGUUGAGCAUGUAUUGUGAUCAGAACUUACGAGUUAGGAGACUCAUUCGGCCCUUCUUCCUCCUUCAAAACUCCUCCCUGAUGAAGAAAACAUUAAAGUGCAUCAAGAGGACUCUCCCAGAGAUAGCCAGUGUUAUCCUGCUCCUGGCCCUCCACCUCUGCCUCUUCACCAUGAUUGGCAUGUUGCUCUUUGCGAAAGGAGAGAACCCAAAGCGCAACGGGGAGUGGGAGACCUACUUCAGAGACUUGCCCACAUCUCUCUCCUCUCUCUUGGUGCUCCUCACUACAGCCAAUAACCCUGAUGUGAUGAUUCCGGCCUAUUCCUUAAACCGAGGAUACUCCAUCUUCUUCAUUCUCUUUAGUGGUUUUGGAACCUACUUCUUGAUGAACUUACUAACUGCCAUCAUUUACAACCAGUUCAGGGGAUACCUGCUGAUGUCUGUCCAGGCAUCCAUCCUAAGGAGGAGACUUGGCAUCAGAGCUGCCUUUGAGGUCAUGUCCUGCCAGGGGCGGGGUCACGACGCUACACACUCAGAGGAGCAUGUAGAGCGUGUGCGGGUGGAUGCAUCUUUGCAGGUCAUGGCGAGGGUACAAAUGAAGUCCUACUACAGACAAGCCAUCAUCAAGAGAGUGCAGCAGUUGUCAGAUGGCUUCAUCCAGUGGGAGGCCUUCCGGAGUCUUUUUGAUGAGCUGGACAAGGACCGCAUCAAAGAGCACCCUCCAAAGCCAGAGUACAACUCUCCACUCCUCCAGAGGCUUCAGUUGGUUUUCAGCCACUACUAUGUAAUGAUAGUGGGCAACGCCGUGGCCCUGGCCAAUGUCAUGUGCAUCUGUACCAUACUGGUGCUUGAUUCCGAGAAGUCCAUUGCAGAGCGGGAUGACUACUACAUGGAAGUUAUUAACUGUUUCUUUAUUCUAUACUACCUGAUGGAGAUGAGUCUAAAGAUAUUAGCCUUUGGGUGGAAAGGCUACCUGUCAUACAGAAACAACAUAUUUGAUGGACUUCUCACAGUUUGCCUUCUGGUCCUUCAGAUCACCAUUUUUGCCACCUACAGGCUUCCAUUUCCUAAAUGGAACCCAGCGUCGCGUGGUCUGAUGUCUCUGUGGGAGAUGGUGCGUCUGGUCAAUAUGCUCAUCGUCGUCCGCUUCCUCCGAAUCAUCCCUGAUAUCAAGCUGAUGGCCCUUGUAGCGAGUACUUUGGUUGACCUGGUGAAAAACCUCCGAGCUUUUGCAGGAAUACUAGUGGUGGUGUUCUAUGUGUUUGCUGUCCUUGGCAUCUGGCUGUUCCAGGGAGCCAUCACAGCUCCAGGGAAGAUGAGUGUGAUGUCCAAUUCCAGUAUGGAGAACAUCACCAUUAACUUCACCAUGGAGUGUGGUUCCUAUGAGCAGCUGGGCUACUGGCCAAACAACUUUGACGACUUUGCUUCUUCCCUCGUCCUCCUUUACAACAUCAUGGUGGUGAAUAACUGGCAGGUGUUUAUGGAUGCCUACACCAGAUACACCACAGAGUGGUCCAAGGUCUAUUUUGUCUCCUGGUGGCUUACCUCCUCUGUCAUGUGGGUCAACUUGUUUGUGGCUCUCAUUUUGGAGAACUUCAUCUAUAAGUGGGACCGAAGUGUCACAUGUUCAGUGGCGGACGUUGAGCGAACAGGCUAUGAGACCACUGUCCAGCUCAUGUUCAGAGAACAAAUUCAGGAGCCUACAGAGGAGGAGCUGGUCACCCAACUCCACCAGCACCCUCACCUGCAUCUCAGCUGAUGACCCUUCACCCCUCACACACCAUUGGACCCUGCGUCCGACCAGGCUUGUGCCAAUCCAAAAUAAACAGGGCCUUUACUGGCUAUCACGUAUUUCUGUGUGAAUGGCAGGGACUCAAAAGGGACAAUAUUGUUAGUGCUCUAUCAAUUUUGAUUAGUCCUAUGUUGUCACAUUUUGUAUGUUUUUACACUCAAACCACUGAACAAAUGCCUCUCUCCAUGCAUCUGUUACUUUAAAAGUGAGUUUGAAAGAUUACGUUGCUAAGCGUUUUGUUCAUGUUAAGUCUGUUAUCACUUUCGUUUGAUGGCAAUCACUAUAUGCCAUCAAACAAAACAAAAUACACCUCUGUUCUUAAUGAAAUUAUUUAAUAGGGAGGUAAAAGGACUAGUUUUUAUUCGUAUAUUUGUCAUGAAAGCUGUUUCUUUUGCUUACCUGCCUUGCAAUGUAAAUAGGAUUUUAAUGCAAUUUAUAAAAAGAAAGCUGUACAGGGGGGAAACAUGGGAUGCAUUUUAUAUUUGUGCUUUUAGCUAAAUAAAGAAAUCUCAGUGAACUUUAUAUAAAUUAUGAAA